AUGACCUUUCUUGGGCUCAUCCGCAUCUCCUUCAGCACCAUCUUCCUUGGGCUCGUCAGUCUCACAGACCAUCUUGGUCAUGAUCAGAAUGCUGUAUGUACCCCCACCAAGAAUGAUCAGAAUGCUGUAUGGUGCAAAUCUAUGAAGUUGGUCCAGUACCCCCACCAAGAAAAAAUUGAUGAAUUGCACAAAAUGCCCUUUAUUACAGACCCCCUCUCCCUAUGUCGUACUCCUGCCAAGAAUGAUCAGAAUGCUGUACAGUAUGAAUCUGUGAUGAUGGUCCAGUACCCCCGCCGAGAAAAAAUUGAUGAAGAUUGGAAUGCUGUACCAUAUGAAUCUAUGAUGAUGGUCGAGAAAAAAUUGAUGAAUUUUGCAAAAUGGUAUGUUAACCAUAGACUACUAAGUAAGGCAGAACAUAUGAGAUAG